AUGGACGCGCUUCCUGUGACAAACAAGGCGGUUGGGGAGCCCGAGAGUUUUCAGAACAAGGUCUUGGAAACAGGUGCUGCUGUCUCUCAGGAUUUCGCUCCGGUCAAAAGAAUAUGCGCCCAUCUCAAUGCGUUUCAUGCGUAUGCCCAUGAGCCCAAGCGCGGUGCUGUGGAAGCGAACCAUUACUGCGCUCACCUGAACGAUGACGUGAGACAGUGCAUCCUGUACGACUCGCCCAACCAGCCGGCACGAAUCAUCGGUAUUGAGUAUAUGAUCACGCCCAAACUCUACGAUACUUUGGACGCCGAGGAGCAGAAGCUUUGGCACUCACACGUCUUCGAGGUCAAAUCCGGGAUGCUGAUCAUGCCCAGACCGUCCGGCAUCCCAGAAGCCGCAUGGGAGAUUGCAGAGAAUAAGGAGAUGGAACAAGUCGUCCAUCUUUACGGAAAGGUGUACCAUCUCUGGCAGACUGAUCGGGGAGAUAAGCUGCCACUAGGACCGCCGCAGUUGAUGACGAGCUAUACGACUGCGGACCAGAUGCCAGAUUUUGAGAAGGUGGUCGAGGAUAGAGACAAGAGGUUUGGCAGCGACUUCAGGCGGAAGAAGCAGGUUAGGGAGUACAUUGAGGAGCCGAGGGUCCAUGAAAACGCCGAUGCAACAUGGGCGAAAGGUGGCCAUGGCCAUGACUGA